GCGCAUGCGUAAAACUGCACACGAACACGCUAAACAGCAGCUAGUAGUGGUCGUUCUUGAUAUCAAGGGAAUCAAGCAUUUUUAAAUUGUGCUCAUCACCAACACAUACCAACUUCUAUCUUAUAACAUUUCAACUGACUAGGUUGUUAACCACAGCAUGGUGAACGUCUGUAGAGGGCUGUAUUAUCGGGAAUUUAGCACAGAGUGAGGUCUGAUCUCCACCUUUCUUCAUUCCCUGGAAGUCAGCCGACACUUCCUGACAUUGUAUGCCUCAGCCUGAGUUAUUCAUUGAACAUUGAGAAACCAGGUCUCCAUCAAAGAAAACAAUUAACCUGGGCUUUGUCUGGAGCUAAUAUUCAUCUAGAUACAUACAGGAUGGGGUAUAAGGUGCUGUGUCUCAGCGUUGUUGCCUUCUUGUGUCUAAUGAAGGGUGAACAUGUCAGAGCACAAUGUACAAAGCCUCAUUUUAGAGUGAAUGUCGUCUUAUCAGACGGCUCCAUCUUGACUGAUAGUUUCUCCAAUGGAUCCACCGUAACAUUUGUGUGCGUAUCAGGAUAUAAGCCAGUUAAUGCAAAAGCAUCAAGAUCAGUUACCUGCUCGGGAAACCAGUGGACAGAUCUGGCCCUCAGUUGCACAAGAAAGUCCUGUGGAAGCCUUCCAGAUUUCUCUAAUGGGAGAUAUGAAAUACCUAAUGGAACUUUAUUUGGCGACACGGUUACAGCAGUUUGUAACAAAGGAUAUAUGUUAAGUGGCCGUCAAAGUCAAAGAACGUGUCGAGCUGAGGGAGUCUGGGAUGGCAGAGAUCCUGUCUGUGAAACGGUAAAAUGUCCACCACCUCCAGUAGUAGAAAAUGGGCAGCUUGAAGAUGUGCCUUUGGAAAGUUAUGAAUAUUUACAAUCUGUCUCCUACAAAUGUAACAGUGGGUUUUCUCAGGUUGGAGAUUCAACACUUUAUUGUUCUGAAGAUGGAACAUUUCAAUCAGAGCCACCAAAAUGUGUUGGUGGGUGUCCAAAGCCUGAGAUUCCACAUUCAUUUCGAAUCGCUGGAAAAUCGCCCCCCUACCAUCUAAACAACUUUAUAAAGUAUAAAUGCGAAGAUGGCUAUAAAAUGGAAGGAGACAGUAAUAUUUUGUGUACAGAAAAUGGAUGGCAGCCUGAACCACCAAAGUGCAUUGUGGUGAAAUGUCCACCACCUCCAGUAGUAGAAAAUGGGCAGCUUGAAGAUGUGCCUUUGGAAAGUUAUGAAUAUUUACAAUCUGUCUCCUACAAAUGUAACCUUGGGUUUCUUCUCAUUGGAAAAUCAGUCCUUCGAUGUUCUGGAGAUGAAACUUUUCAACCAGAGCCACCAAAAUGUGUUGCGCAAUGUAGAGAGCCUAAUUUUGGUGGGAAUGUCGUCUUAUCAGACAAAUUCCGCUCAACUGAAUGGUUCUCCAAUGGAUCCACUGUAACAUUUGAGUGUAAACCUGGACAUGAGCCAGUUGACUCCACAGCAUUUAAAUCAGUUACCUGUGUAGAAAAGCAGUGGACAAAACUGCAGCUCAUUUGCAAAGCACAAUGUAGAGCGCCUAAUUUUGGUGGGAAUGUCGUCUUAUCAGACAAAUUCCGCUCAACUGAAUGGUUCUCCAGUGGAUCCACUGUAACAUUUGAGUGUAAACCUGGACAUGAGCCAGUUGACUCCACAGCAUUUAAAUCAGUUACCUGUGUAGAAAAGCAGUGGACAAAACUGCAGCUCAUUUGCAAAGGUCUUCCAACCCCCACACCAACUUCACCUCCUCCAACUCCUGUAUAUGUUAUUGUGCUAUCAGUGCUGGGAGUGAUUGUUGGUUUACUAGGAGCUGCUGGAGGAUGUUUUUACAUCAAAAAGAGAAACUCAAAACAUUAUUCUCAAAAGGUGGCGACUGGAUAUGAAGAUGGAGGAUUAUAACACCCUCACAUGAUCUAAUAACAAGCCUUAAUUCUCAUGAAGAAAAUUUUAGAUGCAAAAUGAAUCUUCCUCAAAAUGUAUUCCGUUCAUACAAGCACGUCCCAGAAUCUGUAGAGGCAUACAGGUUCCUCCCAACAAAUUCCAUACCAGAAUAAUCAAACACCCACAUUUGUGUGGAGAAGCUUAAUUUCACUUCACUCACUAAUAGCAGUCGACAGCUUUGUAUUGCAUUCUGCAUUCUCUGUUUGUACUCAAAGUAUCUGGUACCACACAAAUAAGUUUGAAUUCACUUUUAUAAAGUAAUUUCUUCUAAUUUAUAACUUCUAAAUUAUAACACUGUGAUCCCUAUAACAGAGUGAUCCCUCUGCACUUAAGAAUGAUUUUGCAAUUACUCUUUGUCCUAAGUGGAUAGCCAAGUCUAAAGGCCCUCACUUUAAGAACUGCGGUUUCUCUGCAGUCAAUCCCAUUCAUGUUGCGGGCCACAUUUAGCAUAAUAUUUAUGUGCUGAAAUAUUCUUGACCAUUUCAGUGUUUUUAUUCUGCAUUGUAUAAACUAAGCAUGAGGCUGUGUUGUAGUUUUCCAUUGUUUUCAGAUUUAAUUUGGCUAAAACAAAAGUGAAUGCAUGGACCUUUGAUUACAUUUGAUAAAGGAUGUGAUUUGCAGGGCAGAUUUUAAAGUAGUGCAUUCAUAAAUCCUGCUACUGUACUAAAAGUGCCUUUAAGUAGAACGGAGCGUGCUGUUUUUAUUCUUAUAGGGUAUUUUUGCAGCGUUAUCUAGCUUUAUGCAUUGUACAGAUGUUGCAGAAACACCACUAUGCUGUUAGCCUUGAUUAAAGCUGUUGGUCUGAUGAAGAAAAAGAGAAAACUUGUUCUUUUUAAGUGUUAAAUGUCAAGAUUUCUUUUGUCUGUCUCUCUUGUUUUAUUUAUAAUUGUAGAAUUGGCCAUCAAACUCAAGCCCCAAAUAUCUUCAGGUCUUUGAGAUGCCUAAUUAAUUUUUUUCUGCACAAAUUUAUCAUGGGGCUUUAUUCUGUUUUCACAAAAUGUAUAUUAUGAAAAGUUCAUGUGAUUGAGCCAAAGUCAUUAAACAGAAAGUAAAGACUAAAUUAAAUGUUUGUUUGAGUAGGUUAUUGAAAGUCUUGGAUGCACUUACCAAAUUCCUGAAUGUUGUGUCAGUUAGGCUCUGUCAUCAUUUUCAGUGAAUGAUUUAUGUAAAUAGUGAUUUCUACUGAAUCAUUGUAUUGCUUUUUCUACACUGUUAAAUUAAGGCUGUUUAGCCACUGUAAUUGCAUUUUCUUUCUUGUAAUAUCAAAAGCUUGUAUAUUACAGCAAGUGAUGUAGUGACUACCUGUUGUGUUUAAUGGUUUUAGACCACUGAACAACUACAGUAAUGUACUCAUACAUAUGAAAUCCAGUGCCAUUGUGGUAAUAUACAAACUAAAAUACAACAAAAUUGCUUCAAUCAUCCACUUCUGCAUCUUUUUAUGCUGUUGCUCACUCUGCUCUGUGUAACUCUGGUUGGCCUAAAAAUAAGAGCUCCACCAUAAGAACAGAACGCUUGGGGUUCGAGUCUUGGGGAGCAGCUUAACACUCUGCUGUGGCCUUGAACUGGGCACAUAACUGCCUCUUCUCUGCAAGUGCUUCUGAUAAGAAUCAGUAUAUGUGCCAAGAAAGAAUUCCUGGAUGACUGCUAAGCAAGAUGAAAUGUCUUUACUUGCACUGAAAUUGAUUGCAAUAAAGACAUGAUAAAAAUUGCUAGUACAUUUCCUGUUGCAUUUUAAAUACAUUUUUCCUUCUUUGAUAGAAAUCAGUAUAUUAAGUAGGAGUUCUGGUCAACCUAGGCUACAACUUCUCUAAACAAUGUCAAUAAAAUGUUAAUGAAAAUGUCAA